CGCCAACAACGCAACAAUACAAGCAAACAACAUACCACUGCUUGAAUUAGCCUACACCGAGGUUUCCUCUGGUUUUCUUGGUGUAUCUGACUAAAAAAGAAAGGAUUAAACCGUUGAGGUUUAUUAAAAUUUUGAAUUCCUAAAUUUACAAGAGGAGCAGCCAGUCUUCUAGGCAACCCUUAAAUCAAUCUUGCCAGAAGCUUGGUGCGAGGGAAAUCAUGAGCUCCAAUCAUACUAAUGGCGCAUUUGAAGAUCCUAAUGGUAUAGCAAGGACGGAAGUUGCAAGUGUAGCACAACCCAAUAUGCAAACUUCCAUAGAAUUGCCUGUUCUCUCUACAAAUGAAGGGUCCAACUAUCUAAGCAACUCCUCUUCGUAUCCUUCUCAGACUUCUUUAACUUCCUAUGGUGAUUCUGAAAAUGUUACCAGUGCUGCUAACAGCACGGUGGUAUCUUCAGCUUUAUCGACUCCUCAAAUCGAGUACUCUGCCAGCUUCGAUGAACUCAGAGUAGAUGGUAAUAGACGUUCAGGCCGUGUAAAGCGUGCCGUUUAUCCAGACCAGUCAUUCUUUGAUAUGGAUGACCAAGAAAUUCCCACAUCUAAAAAAAGGAAAAGCAAGGUGGCACCAGUCCAAAGAAGGUCUCCUGAAAAAAGUGAAGAUGAUGCCGAUGCUUAUGAUCGCAAUCAUAAGACGAGCUAUGUACCUACUGAAGUUAGAACUUCCACUCGGUCCUCAAAGGGUGGAGUCAACUAUAAUGAGCAAGAUCUUUAUGGAGAUUUGGAUAACGAAGAAGAGGAAAUGGAGGAAGAAGUUGAAGAAGAAUACGAACCUGCCAUUGACUUUGUUUUGAACCAUCGGAAACGCGAAGACGCCGAAGAUGAUGAUCCCAAGAAAAGUUACCAAUACCUUAUAAAAUGGCAAGAUAUGUCUCAUUUGCAUAAUACGUGGGAAGAUUAUGCUUCUGCUACUUCUGUUCGUGGUUUUAAGAAAGUUGAUAAUUACAUUAAGCAAAACAUUAUCUAUGAUCGAGAAAUUCGGGAAGAUCCUAGUACUACUUACGAGGAUUUGGAGGCUCUAGACAUUGACCGCGAGCGGAAAAAUAUGGUAUACGAGGAAUACAAGAUCGUUGAACGUGUCGUAGCCUCUGAACCUAAUGAGGCUGGCAAAACAGAAUAUUUUGUCAAAUGGAAACAGUUGCCUUAUGAUAACUGCACUUGGGAAGAUGGUAACCUUAUUUACAGUAUGGCUCCUAAUGAAGUAUUUCAAUUUCUUCAGAGAGAAAACAGCCCGUAUUUACCUUCCAAAGGUGUGUUUUAUAACACAAGGCCUCCUUAUCGUAAAUUAGAAAAGCAACCGUCCUAUAUAAAAGGAGGAGAAGUAAGGGAUUUCCAAUUAACGGGUAUUAAUUGGAUGGCUUAUUUGUGGCACAGAAAUGAAAACGGCAUCUUGGCUGAUGAAAUGGGUCUGGGUAAAACCGUACAAGCUGUUUGUUUCCUUUCCUAUUUAGUCCAUUCCUUAAGGCAGCAUGGUCCUUUUCUAAUUGUUGUUCCGCUUUCAACAGUACCAGCUUGGCAAGAAACAUUGGCAAAUUGGGCACCAGACUUGAACAGUAUUUGCUAUACUGGAAAUACAGAAUCUCGAGCAAAUAUACGAGAGUACGAGUUCUACAUGUCUUCUAAUAAUCGGAAGCUCAAAUUUAAUGUUCUUUUGACAACGUAUGAGUACAUAUUGAAAGAUAAGCAUGAGCUCAAUAAUGUUCGAUGGCAAUAUCUUGCAAUUGAUGAAGCUCAUCGUUUAAAAAAUAGUGGAUCUUCACUUUACGAAACCCUUUCCCAAUUUAAAACUUCCAAUAGACUUUUAAUUACCGGUACCCCGUUACAAAAUAAUUUAAAGGAGCUGGCAUCCUUGGUUAAUUUCCUAAUGCCUGGUAAAUUUUAUAUCAAAGAAGAACUUAAUUUUGACGAGCCUAAUGAAGAACAGGAACGUGAUAUCCGCGAUCUUCAACAAAGAUUACAACCUUUUAUUCUCCGCAGAUUAAAAAAAGAUGUGGAAAAGUCACUACCAUCAAAAUCGGAGCGUAUUCUGCGAGUCGAAUUAUCAGACAUGCAAACUCAGUGGUACAGAAAUAUUCUUACCAAAAACUACCGCGCUCUUAUUGGUAGUACUGAUGGGAGAAAUCAGCUCUCUCUAUUAAAUAUUGUUGUGGAGCUUAAGAAAGCCUCUAACCAUCCGUAUCUAUUCCCUGGAACGGAAGAGAAAUGGAUGACUGGUAGAAAAAUGACCAGAGAAGACACCCUUCGUGGUAUCAUUAUGAAUAGUGGAAAAUUGGUUUUGUUGGACAAAUUGUUACAAAGACUUAAACGAGACGGUCAUCGUGUAUUAAUUUUUAGCCAAAUGGUGAAAAUGCUAAACAUAUUAGGAGAGUACAUGUCUCUUCGAGGCUAUAAUUAUCAACGUCUUGAUGGAACCAUUCCUGCGUCCGUACGAAGGGUAUCAAUUGAUCAUUUCAAUGCUCCUGAAAGCCCGGAUUUUGUUUUUCUAUUAAGUACUAGAGCAGGCGGUUUAGGUAUUAAUUUAAGUACUGCUGAUACGGUUAUUAUUUUUGAUUCGGAUUGGAACCCUCAAGCGGAUCUUCAGGCAAUGGCUCGUGCUCAUAGAAUUGGUCAAAAAAACCACGUGAACGUUUAUCGUUUUUUGUCUAGAGAUACAAUUGAAGAAGAUAUUUUGGAGCGUGCUAGGAGGAAAAUGAUUUUGGAAUAUGCUAUUAUAUCUUUGGGUGUCACUGAGAAGUCGAAGACGUCUAAAAACGAUAAGUAUAGUGCUGAAGAACUUAGUGCUAUAUUGAAAUUUGGUGCAUCAAAUAUGUUUAAAGCGAAUGAAAACCAGAAAAAAUUAGAAAACAUGAAUUUAGAUGAUAUCUUGAGACAUGCUGAAGAUCAUGAUUCGUCUAAUGAUGUUGGCGGAGCUAGUAUGGGAGGAGAAGAAUUUUUAAAACAAUUUGAAGUUACCGAUUAUAAAGCGGAUGAUCUUAAAUGGGACGACAUUAUACCUGAAGAAGACUUGGAAAGAAUUGAAGAAGAAGAACGAGUAUUAGCUGCUCAACGAGCUGAAGAGGAAGAACGUGAACGAAGAGAAGAAGAGCUUCGAGAAGCUGAAGAAGAGCAAAGUUCUCGUGCUUCAAAGCGAACUACUAAGUCCAUUACUAAGCGCCAACAACGCCGAGAAGAAGCAAUACGUGAGAAAGAAGUUCGUCAGCUUUAUCGUGCUAUGAUUAAAUUUGGUUUAGUCGAAGAAAGGUUCAGUGACAUCGUGAAAGAAGCGGAAUUAGAAGCUACUGAUCCCAAACGAAUCUUACAAGUAUCGUCUGAUAUAGUGAAAGCAUGUGAGAAGGCUGUUGAACAAGUUGAAGCAGAGGAUAUUAAAAGCAAACAACCUCGUAAAGCGAUUUUGAUUGAAUAUCGAGGAGUGAAACACAUUAAUGCGGAAACAAUUACCCAGAGAGUAAAAGAUUUAACCUAUUUGCAUCGAGCGUAUAAAGGUUUAGACCCACUAAAGCAACGUAUUGGUUAUCCCAUCCGAAGUGUCCACAGUUGGAACUGUACAUGGGGUAUUAAGGAAGAUUCUAUGUUGCUUGCGGGUAUUGAUCGGCACGGAUUCGGAUCAUGGCAAGCAAUUAAAAUGGAUCCGGAUCUAGGCUUGCAAAACAAAAUAUUCUUAGAGGAAGCUAAGAAUGAUAAAGAUUCAAGAAAUGUUCCGAGCGCAGUACAUUUAGUACGCCGAGGAGAAUAUUUAUUAACUGUUGUCCGAGAGCAUCCUGACCUCUUCACAACAAAGACAGAUCAAGCAACGAAGCGUAAAUACACUCGUAAAAGCAGCAAUACGAAAGGUUCUGGUCGGCAAACCACUUUGGAUGAUUCAGUUGCAUCCAAAAAGAAGAAUCGUGGAAAAAAGCAGGCACAAGAUGAUGAUAACACAGAAGAAGAAGAAACUUCACCUGAUGGAACGGUUAGGGAAGAGGAGGAAGAGGAGGAAGAGGAGAAAUCAAAGCCUGAAGCCCCUAAGCGAGCAUUGCGCUCCAAUACUGGUAAUAAACCACAGAGAACAAGCCGAAGGACUACCAGAAAUUCUUCCAAAGCACCGUCGGCGAUGGACACACUUACGGCUGCUGCUGCUUUAGAUGCUGAGUUGGAUACUGAUUCUCCUAAGAAACCGGAAAAAACAGAAGCUGAAGAUGAUUCGAUAAAAAAAGAAAACAAGGAUUCCUCGGAAGCUAUCUCCUCUUAAGUUAACCGGAAGAGAUAAAGUAAAAUGGAUUCAGGAUGCUUCUUGGGUACAUUGUGAUUUGUCUCAAUGUAAACAUGGAAGAAUAUAACAACAGAUAUCUAUUUCAGUGUAUAUUGAACUACUAUCAAUUAUUAAGGUUUCUAAUUGCAUAUAAGUUUUGUUAUCUUUUUGUAAGUAAUACUAAUUUUGUUUAAGAUUAUCAAAUAAAGCGUUUGGACUAUGCUAAUAAUGUU